AUGGCUUCCGACACCGUGCCCCUCGUCAUUGGCGGCCAAGACGUCUUGACCAGCGACACCUUUGACGUCGUCAGCCCGGCCACGGGCAAGUUCCUGCACAAGUCGUCGAGCGCCAACGUCGCCGAGGCCGGCGCCGCCGUCGACGCCGCCGCCGGGGCCCUUUCCGCGUGGAGCCGCACGCAGUUGCACGAGCGCCGCGCUAUACUGCUCCGCGCCGCCGACAUUAUCCAGACGCGCGGCGACGAGCUCAAGUCCGCCAUGCGCGAUGAGACGGGCAGCGACGACGCCUGGGGGGAUCUGAACCUCAGGAUUGCGACCGAGACGAUUAUUCACGCCGCGUCGUGCCUCGUCAACCUCGAAGGGAAGAUGCCUGCGAUUGCAGAUCCCGGUCGCGAGGCGCUCCUCAUCAGAGAGCCAUACGGUGUCGUGUUUUCCAUUGCCCCUUGGAACGCCCCAAUUCCUCUCGGGAUCCGCGCCAUCGUCUGGGCCGUCGGGGCCGGCAACACCGUCGUCCUCAAGGGCUCCGAGCUGAGCCCCAAGUCCCUGCACCUCGUCUGCUCCGUGCUCUGGGAGGCCGGCCUGCCGCCCGGCGUCCUCAACUUUUUCACCACCGCGCCCGCCCACGCCGCCGCCGUCACGUCGGCCGUCAUUGCGCACGCGCACGUGAAAAAAAUCAACUUUACCGGCAGCACGGCCGUCGGACGCAUCAUUGCCCAGACGGCCGGCGCGCACCUCAAGCCCGUUCUGCUAGAGCUCGGCGGCAAGGCGCCGUCGAUUGUGCUCGAGGACGCGGACCUCGCCCUCGCGGCGCGCCACUGCGCGCUCGGCGCCUUUUUGCACGCCGGCCAGAUUUGCAUGAGCACGGAGCGCAUCCUCGUGCACGAGCGCGUCCGGGACGAUUUCGCGAAGGAGCUAGUCGCCGCGGUCAAGUCGCUGUACGGUGAAGCGGGAGGGGGUCAGGAGGCGGGCGUGCUCGUCACCGCCGCGGCCGUGGUCAAGAACAAGGCGCUCGUGGCCGACGCGCUGCGCAAAGGCGCGACGCUGCUGUACGGUGACCCCGACGACGAGGAGGAGCACGACGCAAAGACGCGCAUGCGGCCGGUCGUGGUGGCCGAGGUGACGCCCAGCAUGGACGUGUACCGGACAGAGUCGUUUGGGCCGACCGUGUCGCUCAUCGGCUUCAAGGACGAGGCCGACGCCGUGGCGAUUGCAAACGACACCGAGUACGGCCUGGUGGCGGCCGUCUUCAGCAGGGACCUGCGGCGCGCGCUGGGCGUCGCGCGCAAGAUUGAGACGGGCGCCGUGCACAUCAACUCGAUGACGCCGCAUGACGAGCCCUCGCUGCCGCACGGCGGCGCCAAGGACAGCGGCUACGGCCGCUUUGGCGCCGGGUUCGACGAGUGGACGCGGACAAAGACGAUUACGUUUGACUCGCAGCCGCAAUAG